CCCACAAUCCCUUGCUAGCGUUUGCUCGUGUCCAAAAUGGCGUCUUCUUGAAGCGUACAUACAUCGCAAGUGUGUUGUUGACAAGUGAUUACGAUGGCGGCCGACCCAGAGAAGAAGGAGGAGAAGAAGGAGGAGAAAAAGGAGGAGAAAAAGGAGGAGAAAAAGGAGGAGAAGAAGGAGGAGAAGAAGGAGGAGAAGAAGGAGGCUGACUCCUCAGUGUCCAAAGACAGGGAGAGGAAACGCAGCCGUUCACGAGAACGUAAACGCAAUGUUCCUCGAGAAAGGAAUCGCUCUAAAUCUGCAGAGAGAGAACGACGAAUGAAAGACAGAGAGAAGGAGCGUGACAAAGAUAAGGACAGAGAUUUGGGCAGAGAUUUGGGCAGAGAUUUGGGCAGGGAUUUGGGCAGAGAAAGGGGUCGCAAGGAAAGAGACGUCCAUCGACGUGAUAAAGAUCGCGGCCGGAGGUCCAGAAGUCUCUCACCCAAGUCCAAGGAAGCCAAAUCAAAGAGAGACAAGCAAAUAAAAACAGAAGAGGAGGAAGAUGGAAAAAAGAAGAAGGAAAAGGUCCAACCUUUAUCUUUGGAAGAGCUUCUCGCCAAGAAGAAGGCAGAAGAGGAAGCGGAGGCAAAGCCCAAAUUCCUCUCGAAAGCAGAGCGAGAAGCCGAGGCUCUGAAGAGGAGGGAGCAACAAACCGAGGAAAGGAAGAAGGUGACGGAAGAGGAGAGGAAGAAGAGAAGGAUGUUCCAGGACAUGGGGAGAAAAAUGAUGGAGGAUCCCCAGGAAAGAGAGAGGCGAGAGCGAAGAGAACGAAUGGACCGAGAUAACAACGGGAAUGAAAACGAUGAUGGACGACAAAAGCUCAGAGAGGAGAAAGAUAAAAGCAAAGAACUCCACGCCAUCAAGGAGCGUUACCUGGGCGGGACCAAGAAACGCCGGAGAACUCGUCACCUGAACGACAGGAAGUUUGUGUUUGAGUGGGACGCUUCUGAAGACACCUCAGUCGACUACAACCCGAUUUACAAAGAGAAGCACAGCGUGCAGCUGUACGGACGAGGCUUCAUCGCCGGCAUCGACCUGAAGCAGCAGAAAAGAGAUCAGUCCAAUUUCUAUGGUGACAUGAUGGAGAACAGACGAACGCUGGAAGAGAAGGAGCAGGAAGAGGUGAGACUGAAGAAGAUGCGUAAGAAGGAGGCGAAGCAGCGCUGGGACGACAGACACUGGGGUCAGAAGAAGCUGGAGGAGAUGACGGACAGAGACUGGAGAAUCUUCAGAGAGGACUACAGCAUCACCACCAAGGGAGGAAAGAUCCCCAACCCCAUCAGGAACUGGAAGGAGUACUCCAUGCCGGAUCACAUCAACGAGGUCAUCGACGCCUGUGGCUACAAGGAUCCGACACCUAUCCAGAGGCAGGCCAUUCCUAUUGGCUUACAGAACCGUGACAUCAUCGGUGUGGCUGAGACCGGUAGCGGUAAAACGGCUGCUUUCCUCAUUCCUCUGCUCGUCUGGAUCACUACCCUGCCAAAGAUCGACAGGAUUGAAGACUCAGAUCAGGGUCCUUAUGCUGUGAUCCUGGCUCCGACUCGUGAGCUGGCGCAGCAGAUCGAAGAGGAGACCAUAAAGUUCGGUAAACCCCUCGGCAUCCGCACAGUGGCUGUGAUCGGAGGAAUCUCCAGGGAGGACCAGGGCUUCCGUCUCAGGAUGGGCUGCGAGAUUGUGAUCGCCACCCCCGGCCGUCUGAUCGACGUUCUGGAGAACCGGUACCUGGUGCUCGGCCGCUGCACGUACGUCGUCCUGGAUGAGGCCGAUCGUAUGAUUGACAUGGGCUUCGAGCCCGACGUCCAGAAGAUCCUGGAGUACAUCCCGGUGACCAAUCAGAAACCAGACACCGACGAGGCAGAAGACCCAGAGAAAAUGUUAAAGAACUUUGAAUCUGGAAAACAUAAAUACAGACAAACGGUCAUGUUCACGGCCACCAUGCCUCCAGCGGUGGAGAGGCUGGCCCGAAGCUACCUGAGGCGUCCGGCCGUGGUUUACAUCGGCUCUGCUGGCAAACCUCACGAGAGAGUGGAGCAGAAGGUGAUGCUCAUGGGCGAGGGAGAGAAGAGGAAGAAGCUGCUGGAGGUGUUGGCGCGCGGCUUCGAGCCUCCCAUCAUCAUCUUCGUCAACCAGAAGAAGGGUGUCGACGUGCUGGCCAAGUCUCUGGAGAAGAUGGGGUACAAUGCUUGCACGCUGCACGGCGGCAAAGGCCAGGAGCAGCGAGAGUUUGCUCUCUCCAACCUCAAAGCCGGAGCCAAAGACAUCCUGGUGGCCACAGACGUGGCGGGUCGAGGUAUCGACAUCCAUGACGUCUCCAUGGUGCUCAACUACGACAUGGCCAAGAACAUCGAGGAUUACAUCCAUCGUAUCGGUCGUACUGGUCGUGCGGGUAAGAGCGGUAUGGCGUUGACGUUCCUCACCAAAGAGGACUGUGCCGUGUUCUACGACCUGAAGCAGGCCUUCAUGGAGAGCCCGGUCUCCACCUGCCCCCCGGAGCUGACCAACCAUCCCGACGCGCAGCACAAACCUGGAACCAUCCUGACCAAGAAGAGGCGAGAGGAGACCAUCUUCGCCUGAUCCAUCACGCUGUUAUCGUUGGACUUAAUAAGCUGAACACACAUCAGGGUCUCAAACUGUUUUAUCGUGUUGCAUCUGGACAUCAUUUCUCUGUUUUGCAUUCAGGACUUGGUCUCUAGUUAAUUUACGCCCAUUUAUUUUUCCUUUACCUCCCUUGUUUUCGGUCUGUUUUUGUCUUUUCUACCACACUGCUUUUAGGAUUUAAAGACUGCUCAUUCAAAGGUGUGUAAAUGUGGACUCCUUGGUAGUUGUUUUGUUUUGCUUCUACAAGCAAGAAGUGAUGGUGUAACCGAUCUGCACUGUAUAAAUGCUUCUCCUUGCUUAUCGAACGUGAUAAAUACCAUCCAGGAUGUGAGGCCAAGUGCUGUUAAACCUUGUUUUGUUAAAGAGACUAAUGCCAGAAGUGACAGCCAUUUUCUUUUACUUCAAGCAUCCUCUGACUAAACUGUAAUUCAUCAUUUUUCAUAUAAACAAUGGUAUGAAGUGAA